AUGGUUCGCAACUAUAAACGAAAAACAGAUCGUGGCAAAUGGAACGAAGAAGACAUGAGAAGAGCAGUAAAUGCUGUUCUUACUCAUAGAAUGGGAUUUCUUCUAGCCUCGGCUACUUACGAUGUUCCGAAGUCGACCUUAGAACGACGAGUAAGAAAAGCUCGUGAAACUGUUAAUGCCGACACUGAUUCUGAUAACGACUGCGGGAAAAAACAUUUGGGACGAUUCAAAACAGUUUUCUCAGCCGAGCAAGAAAAUGAGCUGGCGGAGUAUGUCAAAUCUAUGGAAGCACGGCUUUUUGGUUUAACAGGAAAAGAGCUACGCAUUAUAGCUUAUCAGUUGGCUCAGCGGAAUCAUAUAGAUAACCCAUUUAAUACAGAAACUGGUAUGGCAGGAGAAGAUUGGCUCAGCGGGUUUUUAAAACGACACCCUGAUCUAGCAUACAGACGCCCAGAACCAACAUCAGCUGCAAGAGCGAUGGCUUUUAACAGAGUGGCAGUCGAUAAUUUUUUUACAUUGUUGGAAAAUGUAAUAGAUAAACAUAAACUGACGCCUGAAAGAAUUUACAAUGUAGACGAAACGGGGAUCAGUACUGUUCCAAAAAGUCAAUCUAAGAUAUUGUCAACGAAGGGCCAGAAGCAAGUCGGCUGCCUCUCAUCAGCAGAGAGAGGUCAGUUGGUCACUGCUGAAAUUUGUUUUAAUGCCGUUGGCACCUAUGUCCCGCCAAUGUUAAUAUACGCUCGGAAGCGGAUGAAAGAAGAACUUCUGGAUGAUGCUCCAUCAGGUUUGCACAACCAACAAAAAGAAAAGCCUGUAUUGCUUCUGUUAGAUGGUCACUCUUCACAUACCAAAAAUAUUGACCUGAUAGAUUAUGCAAGAGAAAAUAAUGUGAUUUUACUAUGUACACCACCACACUGCACUCACAAAUUGCAGCCUUUAGACGUGUCUUUCAUGAGACCUUUAAGCACGUACUACAGUGCAGAAGUGAAAAAAUGGCUCAGAGAUCACCCUGGUCGCGUGGUUACACCAUAUCAAGUGGCAAAACUUUUUGGACAAGCUUACUUAAAAGCAGCCACAAUGUUAACAGCCAUAAAUGGAUUUCGGAAAUGUGGUGUAUGGCCGCUAGAUAAAAAUGUAUUUACCGAUGCUGAUUUCAUAGCUGCAGAGACGACUAACACAGAAAAUCUGGCAAAAGAAAGGCUAAAUGUGGAAAAUGCUCCAUCAACUCAAACACCUGCAAUCACUGAAGAAAAUCUAUCGCGGCCAUCCCCUUCAGUUCACCUUGGCCAAAUUGAUAAAGGGAGUAUUCCAGAGCCUCUGAUAUCCUCAGAAAAUGCUGUCCAUCCAGUUUUAUCUACUGAAAAAGAAGAUAUUGUUGAACCAGCUACAUCUUUUUCCAAUAACAAUGGUGCCCAGGUCUCGUUCAAUUCUCAAAUUGACAUUUCUAAAGACAAAACUCCCGAAAGGCAAAUAAAAAGAAAAACUUCUUUUCUAAUAAGUCCUGAAAAUAUUAUGGCCAUACCUAAAGAAGUUAGGACUCAGGAGAGAAAGACUAGGAAACGAGGGAAGACUGCAGUACUAACUGAAUCACCUUACAAAAACGAACUCAUAAAACAUAUAAGUAUUAAAGAAGGUAAAAAUAAGAAAAAGACUGAUAAUCAAGUGACUGAAAAAGGUAAAAAACAAAUAAGGAAACCUGGAAAAAAGACUGCAAAGAAGAUUAAAAAGACAACAGACAAGGAAAAUCUGCAGAAAAAGCGUCAAACCAAAAGGUGCAAAAAUGAAACAGGAUCGGAAGAUAGUUCAUCCCAAGAAGAGGAUGAUGACUGUGCUUGCAUCUAUUGUGGGUACUUAUACUCAGAUUCAACGGAAGGUUGGGUCAUCUGCGGCGCAUGCCACGGUUGGGCGCAUAAUUCAUGUGCCGGAGUAGAUGAGGAAGACGAAGAGGCACACAUUUGUGAACGCUGUCUACCCGAUUAA